AUGUUGACCAUCCAGAACCCAAACACUCGCAUCCAUACUUUCGCCUCUGGCGAUAUCAACAUGAACACGCCAAGGACACCAUUCAUUAUGCCUUCUUCUGAAGGCCGCCGCCUCUUGAAGGAUGGCUUCCAGCCAUCUGACAACGACUGCAUCUGCGCUCGUGGCAAUGCCGUCAAGUCUCAUCCUGGAAACCUCCGCUUCCUCCAACUUGUGGAUGAAAACUUGCAAAAAUACGCUGAAGCCUCCAGCAAGCUUGAAAAGUCUCUCAUUGUUUCCGCCAUCAUUGAAGACAUCCGCAUGUCCUCUCCCGAAGGCGGCUUUGUCAAGUGCGAGAAAGGCCGCUGGUACGAAGUUGGAGAUCACCAUGCCCGCGAAAAGGUUGGUCAGCGCCUCCGCGACCAGCUCAGCAGCCGAUACUCUUCCAGCAGUGCCGCCAAGAAGCGCCGUCGUCGUGCCGAUGAAGCUACCAUGAUGAACAAGUUGGAUGAUAUUGUGGUCGGCUUUGAAGGACAAAGUCUAGCGGACCGCGUCCAGAAGCUUACUGAUGCUGCCGCCGUUGCUCAAUCUGGCGAAGACCCAGACGAUGAAGAGUUGCAACGCAUUUUCAACCAGGCCAACUGGGAACUUUUGCAACGAAUCAAGGAUCAAAACCUGUGCGGGGACAAUGACACCAACAAGGAAAGCCCCAACAAGAACAAGCAAAAGAACAAGCGCACCAUGGAUGAUGAAAGCGUCAGCAGCAUCAACAGCAGUUCCAGCAGACGAAGCAAGCGCAAGUUGGAUGACAGCGACCGUCUGGAACCUGAUGGUCUUCAUGCUAUCAACUUCACCAGUGUCUAA